AUGUUUGGUAUGGGGUGUGGACCUUCAUCAAAGAGAACAUCUCAGAAAGAAAAUGCAGGCAAUCGACCGUCUGGUCAGCGACUUAAGGUUGCCCCGGAGUUGGGACGGCUGUUUGCAACAUAUCAGUUGAUUCCGUCUUUUAAACUAUCAGAAAAGCAUCACUGUUAUGUUGAUUCCCUCAAUGGAGUGGAUGAACUUCCGGAACCAAGGCCACCGUCUUUGCUCAAAGACGCCAUCUUCGAUCCAAAACAAUAUGUAGCCGUAGACAAAAGAGCCGUGCAGGCUCCUUCAAAACUCCUAAAACAACCAUUGUCGGCGUUGGUAGAAUAUCUUACAGAAGGGUAUGAGGACGAUAUGUCUAAAAUGCGCGCCAUUUACAGAUGGGUGACUGCACAACCUAUCGACCAAUUGUCGAUCGAUAAGAAGGAACCACCUCAUUCCCACACACAAUUCCAGUUAUGGCGUAUAAAACACCGGAAAGGAAAUUACGCCCAGCUCGUCAGUCUCCUCUGCAGAUUUGCUCAAAUUCCCUGUGUGAUUAUACACGGGAAGUUGAAGGGUUCCACCUACGAGGUCGGAGAGCGGAUGGAUGAUGAGCAGCAUUAUGGCGAGUGGAAUGCCGUCCUCUUAAACGGUGAUUGGCGCUUUAUCAACGCCUAUUGGGGCACGUGCGCUGAGGGUGGGGUCGAGGACACUAAGUGGGAAGUAGUUGACAGAGGAGGUGGGGAGGACGUCAAAGGAGAUCAAAUCAGCAAACAGCUUUUCUAUUCCUGUGACGAGAACUACUUUCUGACAGAUCCGGAUCAAAUGGCCAGUACCCAUCUUCCACAAGAUUCAAUUUGGCAGUUGAAAGAUAAACCUGUUUCUGAGGAGACUUUUGAGGAAAGAGCAUUCCUAAAGGACAGAUAUUUUAAUAUGAAGCUUAAUUUGAUAUCCCCACAAACGUGUGUCGUGCACGCUACGGGGGAGGUCGAGAUAAAGUUUGAGUUACCUGAAGAUAGUUAUAUGAACAUGGACUUUCAGUAUUUAAUGUUUCGGCUGAAACGAUCCUCUGGACAGUCAACUUUACACAGAUACGACCGGUACGUGUUCCUUCAUAGAGUCAAAAAUACCGUUCUCGUCAUCCGGAUACGUUCCCCAGUUGCUGACACAUUCCGGUUUGAACUUGUUGGCAAGGAUGUAACAGUGGAAGACCCUGCCUAUGAUUAUGAUUGGUUGACAAUAUUUAAAAUAAUAUUUAAUAGCGAGAAAGAGAACUGUGAACCUUUCCCAGAAUGCCCUGUCAUUGGAUGGGGACCAGGUCGAGACGCGAUUGAAUGUGGACUGGCUCCAAUGAGUCACUUUGCUGGUGAAAUCGAAGCCAAGGACACAGGAGCAUUGGAAGUCAAGUUCAGUCCGGUUGAUGGGAAGGACUGGAGCACAAAGACUGUAAGAGCGGAGCUAGUCAAAGGUGGAAACAACACUGAGGAUUUCUCAGAUCAUGUCGUGCAGAGGUAUGAAAAUGGUGACCUCAUUUUUAAUGUGAACACUCCACGACAAGGAGAAUAUGCCUUGAAGUUGUUUUCAAAGGAAGAAGGUGAGGAAAUAGACAGGAAUUUUUGCAAUUAUCUAGUAACAUCUAAGCAAAUUGGUGAGAAUUUUGCCUUCCCGCGUGGUUUUAAUGAGAAACUUGGCCCUAAAAAGGGCGCUGUAAAAGCAGGGGUUACGGCAAUAUCACAUCCUUCGGGAUUUAUACAAAAUGAAGACGAGGAAAUUGUUCUUGAAUUCCAAAACGACAAAAACAUUGAUCUUUCGCUGAAUUUGUCUGGUAAGAUGGUGCGACCGGAAGUGGCCAAGAGGCUGAUCAAUCAGGAACAGGAUGGCAAUGUUUGUCGAUUCACUGUCCGUUUCCCCCAGAAUGGCAACUACGGACUGAGACUGAUGGGGAACACGGGCAAAGGGUUCGAGAGUAUGUUUGAUUAUGUAGUCAAGUACAAGAAAAACCGAACCAAACGAACACAGGUUGCUCCUGGUGCGCAAACACAGACAGGCAGCACAUCAGGCACGUCCGGAAACGAUCAACCAACGACAACCGGCGGAUCAGGAGGAUCAUCCUUAGGAUCUCAUGUGCCGAACCAACUCCGUGAACGAAUCAGGAAUGCCAUUUAUGAAGAGAACGACAAGGAACUUGAAGCUGCCUUGGAAGAACUGAAGGCGUUAGGACUGCCUACAACGAAAAAUGACAUAGAAAUGGCUGAAAAGGAACUAGAUGUAUUUAGAUGUCGACGGGAACUAAUUGAGGCGACGAAUGAAAAAGAUAUGAAUGUCAUUCGUGAAGCUCUGAAGAAGGUACGAGAGAAGCAAUUGGAGGUCCGACUUGAACGGGAGGUCCUGAAUGCAAAGAGCAUGCUCGAAAGGAUACGGAACAUCAACAAGCUUCUACAUGCUGUUCUUACGCUGGAUCAAAAAACCAUCGGUGAAAUCCGCUGCUACAAUAAUCCACCCCCUGCAGUUCAUCGAGUUAUGAUGGCAACACUGCUUCUAUUGGGUCAUUGGGAGGAGGAAACGGAGGAUUGGAAAAAUGUACAAAUAGCUCUGGGUAAAAUGGGGAAGGAAGCUAUUAAACGGAGGAUACAGGAACUUAACGUAGAUUCUAUCCCAUUGGAUGUUGCCCUUGGAGCACGUGAUCUCAUACGAGACUUUUCAUUGGACCAGGUUCGCAUGGUCAGUGCAGGUGGUGCCACCUUCUACGUUUGGGUAAAAGGCCUGACAGAGGAAUUGGAGAAAAGAAACGCUGAAGUGAUUGAUAAUGUUAGGCCCAGGACGUCUAAUAGACGGAGACGUGAGCGCACCAUGGUUCCGGUGGAUUAA